UUGUUCGAGCAGGUGUUGAACCCGGAGCGACUGAAGGCGCUGGAGAUGUGGCUGCAGGAGACUGACGUCAAACUGACCCAGGUCAAUGGGCAGAGAAAAUAUGGAGGUCCACCUGAUGACUGGCUAGGCGCCCCCCCUGGGCCGGGCUGUGAGGUGUUCAUCAGCCAGAUCCCACGGGAUGUCUUUGAGGACCAGCUGAUUCCGCUGUUCCGUGCGGUGGGCCCUCUCUGGGAGUUCCGCCUCAUGAUGAACUUCAGCGGACAGAACCGUGGCUUUGCCUACGCCAAGUACGACAGCCCUGCCUCGGCCGCUGCCGCCAUCCGCUCGUUGCAUGGCCGUGCCCUGGAGUCAGGGGCACGCCUCAGUGUACGGCGCAGCACAGAGAAACGUCAGCUCUGUCUUGGGGAGCUGCCCACCAGCACAAGGAGGGAGCAACUGCUGCAGGUGCUGCUGGACUUCUCUGAGGGGGUAGAGGGCGUGUCCCUGAGAGCAGGGCCUCGGGAACAGGGGAUGUCUGCAGUGGUGGUCUAUGCCUCCCACCAUGCAGCUUCCAUGGCCAAGAAGGUGCUGAUUGAAGCCUUUAAGAAACGCUUUGGGCUGGCCAUCACUUUGAAGUGGCAGUCCUCUUCUAGGCCCAAGCACGAAGAGCCUCCCAGACCCCCCAAAACGCCUCCUCCUUCUCCCAAACCUCCCCGCUGCUCCCUCCUCGACAGCCCCCGGCCUCCCCUGCGCCUCGCCCAGCGUCAGCUCCCUGCCUUCUCCCGGGCUGUGAGGGCACCCCCUCCCAUGGUGCACGCUGCUCCUGAAUCCCCCAGGGAGGUGACCAUUGUGCCUCCUGUGGAUGCAGCAGCCCUGCUCCAGGGUGUGUGUGAGGUGUACGGGCAGGGGAAGCCCCUCUAUGACCUGCAGUACCGCCACAUGGGGCCUGACGGGUUCCUGUGCUUCAGCUACCGGGUGUAUGUGCCGGGGCUGGCCACACCCUUCACCGGGAUGGUGCAGACUCUGCCCGGCCCCACAUAUGGAGCCAUACAGGAAGAGGCUCGCAGAGCUACAGCCCAGCAGGUCCUCAGCACUCUGUACAGGGCCUGAUAGUGUUGAAGCACAGAUCCCAUACUUUGUUUUAAUUAUGAAAAUACUUAAUAUUUUGCACUCUUUUAUACUUAGUAAGUAGAUGCAUGAUUUUACUUUAAUUUUGAACAACUUUUGCAUGUU